UAAAUUAAAGGUGAUAACGCCGCACAAAGUUUGAUUGCAAUGUAAUAGAUAAACCCUGGACGAUAUCAGUAUUGAACUGUUUAUGCAGGUGCACACUGCGAUAAAAUGGAGUCUUCUACAGACCGAAUUUCCUCAAAAUUGGAAAUUUUAAAAGCAGAUUUGAAAGCAAUGAGGUUACAAGAUGUGAAAUUGAUGAAGCAGCUAAUAGGAAUAAAUGAAUCUAUCCAGAGUUUAGCUAAGUCCCGUCAUCAGACUCCAAAUAGACAACCACGAAUAAUGUCCACUGCCGACUUCAAUGCUACAACCACACCUUUAGUUAGACAACAGAGUGCUCCAUCUUACAACAAGCUACACAGAAACAACAGCACAGGGUCCAUUGAGUCCACUGGAGAAAUUGGAAGUUCUGUUGAAGACAUCAACGAAGAAACAAUUGAAGAGCUUGAUGAUUGCUUAAAUUGUUCGUUGACGUCAUUUCCACCUCCGAUACCCACAAUUCCAAAGUCCCACUCUCUCGCAGUGAUGACACCGCUUCCGGACGAUGAAGAUGAACCAGAUGACAGCAAGUACGAGGGGAUUUUAAUGACAAAUAUCAAACUCUGGAAAUAUUCACAACAAAAGUGCCACCAUAAGACGUGAAAUAUCUUCAUUACACUAUCAGAAGGCUGUUUUUCAGAUUUCAUGAGCAUUAAAGGAAUUCUGUCUGACAUCAUGACCGAGUCAAUGCACUAAAGUAUAGACUAGAUGUGAACUUUUUUUCUUUGAAAAAAACUAUGUUAUUAAGCAUAGUUUUAUGUGCUUAAUUCUAUUGAAUGACCAUGGAUUUCCAGUAAACAUAUGGGUGGUUUUUUUAACUGCCUCAGGUGUUACAUGAAUUGAGUUGACAGUGCAUUUAGACGAAAAUGUAUGUAGUCAAUACAAAUUUUAUCUUACAGUGCUAGUAACCCCAAUUGUAAAUUUGCAGUUGAAAUCAGUACAAAAGACUUACUGCCAAGGAUACAGUGCAAUAAAGAACUAUUAAAGAUAGCUCUUAGUUUUAGAGGUCAUUAUUCAUGGUGAUCAGGAAGUCUCGCGUGGAGUGUAACGUCAAGCGGAAGACCAUUGUGCCAAUGUGUGACAUUCUAAUUAGUUGACAAUUGAUGUUUAUUAUUAUUUAUGAAGCAGAAAUAAAUUAAAUGAAGAGGAACUUUUAAUAUCAU